GGUUUACAAUGCCCAAAGUAAGGAGAAGCAGGAAGCCGCCCCCAGAAGGCUGGGAGCUUAUAGAGCCCACUAUUGAGGAACUAGACGCUAAAAUGAGGGAACACGAAACUGAGCCACACGAGGGAAAGAGAAAGGUUGAAGCUCUGUGGCCGAUCUUUAAGAUUCACCACCAAAAGUCACGGUACUUGUAUGAUUUGUACUACAAGAGGAAAGCUAUCAGCAAGGAACUGUAUGACUAUUGUAUCAAGGAAAAGAUAGCUGAUGCUAAUCUGAUCGCCAAAUGGAAAAAGGAUGGUUAUGAGAGGUUAUGUUGCUUGCGUUGUAUCCAGGUCAGAGACACCAACUUCGGUACUAACUGUAUAUGUAGAGUUCCUCGGUCAAAAUUAGACCAGAUAAAGAUUGUGGAGUGUGUACAUUGUGGUUGCAGAGGGUGCUCUGGAUAAACACUUGUCAAUAUCUUGUCAGAUCAGCUUUCUAAAACUAGUCUUACGGCUCGGACAACAGAUCACGUCCGGGCGGACACAUUUUAUAUUUUAUUUGUAGUAAGGCGCAAGAACAUUUCUUCAAUUCAAGUUCAAUCGAAUAUCAUGUUUAAUGCGCGUCUUUAAGUACGUGCGCGCGGCCACCUCUCGUGAGUUUUUAUUUUAUUUGUAAUUAUCGAUUACAAGGGUUUAUGUAUAGUACACAUGGUAUAGUUUCGUGUUUCCUGAACCUGUUGACAACUUUUAACAUCAAAUCGUUGACCAGUUCCACAAAUGUAUUUUACGGUGUUGUAUAAUGCGUUGAAGUUUUCCCCGUUGAGCAACAAACUGCAAAGUUAAUUCUAAUAAUGAAUUUCUGUUGCUAUAUUUUACCACAUAGU